AUGGCUCACAUUCUCCUACUUCCCCCAGAGAUCUUACACCUUAUCUACCUUACAUUGAGGAACAUCGACGAUGCUCUUCACCUUGCCCGCUGCUGCAAACAGCUCAACCAUAUCUUUGAGUACCGCCGUCUAGCUAUCCUCAAACAUAUCAUCGUACGUUGCCAGUUCCAGCACUCCAUCCACGCUAACGCGCAGCAGCAAUUUGCAGAUCACAAUGUCCAUGACCCUUCUCUCUGUUACCGAGUUCGACUUCAUGACGCCAUCUCCCGCGAGAUGUUCACCACACCGGACCCAUGGGACGUGGGACAGCGCAGAGCCAUAAUUCGCAGGUGUCUUGAGUCUACCAAGUCUACGAGCCCAGUGACAUGGACGGAAAUAGUCUGGGACACAGUGGUGCGGUGGGGGGCCAUGCGGGUGUUAUUCGAUCUAUACUGUGACGCGUCCGUGCAGGACUCGUACUGCCAGUCUACCUACCUUUAUGAACUCGAUGAUAACGAGGAGGCAGUGGCUGUAGACGAUGGUGGACCGUUGCUACGGCUAUCAGGAUCGGCAUGCAGCCGGUUUCGCGCCUUGGAUGGAAAGCAGAAGCAGCGCGCCUAUGAAAGAUUCUACAAGGCUCUUACUACAUACUGGGCCAAAUUCAAAAAACUGUGGUUUACCAGGACUGACGCAUAUAGAAACUCUGAGCAUGCGGCAGAGGCCAUUGAAUCCAUGGUUACGUUGAUGGUGUACGAACCUGAUUCACGAUCGGUGCAGGAACGACUGGAUAUCCUUGAGGUGGCUGACUUCGUCUCGACCUUCCUGGGACGCAAGGCCCUGCAAAUGAUGAGCUCUGCGGAUUGGGUGGCGGCAAGGGGAUAUGACCUUUAUUAUGACAUGGGUUUCACCCCGGAAAUAAACUGGGUGAUUAGUAGACGAGUGAUUCUCGACCAUUCGCGACCCGGCAAUAUCAUUGAGCUUGUGCUGGCCUCGCAGUGGGCGUCACAUGGUCAUUGGCCGUUGGACCGGGCUGCGUAUUUGGAUCGCCUGGGAGUUAUGGAUCUUAACCAUGACUACGAGGAUGGGGGGACUAUGGAAAAGGAAAUGCCCAGGCUUGUACACUUGCUGGAAGAGAGUGUGGAACAAGGGCUAGUGGGUCUAAUGAUGGCAAGCCACGCCAAUCUGCUGGCACAUCCCGAGGACAUUUUGAUCCGUGUGGCCCGGGAUUGGGUGAGGUAUCGACAUGGAGCUUGGUCAUUGGGUGCACGGGGCCAGUUGUUCUUUCGGAACGAAGAAAGUCCUGAUGAGCUGGAGCAGCGAAUCCGAACGACAGCCCCCCGUCUGGGAUACGAGUCCGCCUCCCGGUGUUACGGCCCUUACUAUGAGAUUCGCAUGAUGAUCUGA